AUGUCUCCAGCCUCAAUCUCCUACCAUCGCAGGCGGCCGAAGAUCUCCAAGACACGCACCAAAACCCUCUCUGGGUGCUGGACAUGCCGCGACCGCCAUGUCAAGUGCGAUGAGAGGAGGCCUACCUGCCAGAGAUGCGCAAAGUUUGGUGUCGAUUGUCAGGGCUAUGCCGCCCGCUUCGCUUGGGUGAACCUGACCGUCGCUUCGGAUCUGGACAUGCUCGCCGAGACACCAGUUGUUCAACCAGCCGGUAAGAAGCGAUGCGUCGGGCCUACGGCUUAUCGUACUGCCAGUACUACUCGAUUUACUUCUCAGCAAGUGGCAUCCUUUUUAUCCGAUCUCGAGGAGUCAUCACACACGGUUCUCACGCGAACACGGGGCCCUUUCUCUGUGUUUCCCGCGCUUCCCACAGCUCCCACAGCUCCUAUUGUGACCUCCACCGACGUCCGGUCUGCUACCGGUCCUUCAGACCUUCACAUCGGAGCUCUUGUCUCGGAAGAUGACCCCCCCGAUGAGUUGGAGGAUGAGCUCGACGGAGAGCAAGUCCGCGGUGCAGACAUUCCUGGCUCCUCACUCACCCUGGACCAGCCUUGGAUGGGUUGCUUCUCGACCUUGAGCCCGGAUCAGACAGGGCAAGAUGGGUCGACCGAUCCUUGUAGAAGGAUCCCGUUUUCCAGUCUCGACAAUUUCUCACUCUGCACAACCGGGCCAUGGCCGCUCACGGAGCCGGCUCCCGUGGAUAGUAAUUUCAAUUCUACCACGCCGAAGGCGAUGCGCAGCGCAAACACUCGGUCAAAUGACUCCUAUCUGGCUGGACCUGACAGUUGUGAGCCCUUAUCUCACCACCUUGCUGUCACCAUUUCCGCUGACGCCCCUGACGUGGCUGACUGGCUGGAUGAGCAAGAUGGCCUCCUGGCACUCCUUGGCAGAAAUUUCUCCUCGUCACGACAAUGGCAAAAGAUCCAACAACGGCAAGAUAGAUCCGCGGAUCCCCCGAUUCAUAGACACAUCGACUUUCUUCAAAUUCCGGCCAGUCAGCGCGAGCUGGUGCACCAUUGGGUGAUGUACCUGGGCGGAAACAUGGUCGCCGUUGACCGAAUCGACAACCCGUGUCGCACUCUGUGGAUGCCCAUGGCUCUUGUUGGAAUCAAUUGCAAUUCUCGGGAAUCGAACGGAUCGAUAGCCCUAUUUCAUGCCCUCUGCUCAUUGUCGGCCCAGAAUUUGUAUCAACUGCGACACCAAGACAAUCACUACAUGUCUCUCUCUUUACAGCAUAAUCAUCUUGCAUUGCGUCACACGCAGCAUUGUCUCGCCAGUAUUAGCGGAACUGGCGAUGCCGCUCUCGCAUACGCCAUCAUUUGCCAUGCCAUCAAGGACGCGGUCUCCGGGGGAACGAAGCAAUGGAGAAGUCACCUUGCGGGUGGACUGAAGUACCACUCACUGGUCAAUUGUGAUUUCAAAGACCAAGCCAUCACUACCAAGAUAGUCCAGUCUUACCUCUUUCUAGCGGGAAUGUGCAAUCUGCCAGUUCCCGACACAAUGGUCUCGUUUCUCGACGAGCUUCCCGCCGACGACCAUUUUCUCGAGCUCAAUUACGGAAUCACCAGGGGCUUGCUUAAAAUUCUGGUUGCAUUGAAUGCAAUGUCUUCGACCAAAACCAAUCUGAGCACCAACGAACUUGACACUCUCGAAUUGCAGCUAUAUCUUCAUAUUCCUUCCGACCUUCCCACGGGAGAUUUGGACGCGGCAGGGCGGCAACGGCUACAGCACACAGCCAGCUUCUUCUACGUUGCAAUUCUCAUCUAUUUCCGUCGCGUCUUCCGGCACGUGCCAACCAACGACUUGCAGGAUCUUGUUGACAAGGCUUUGGGACAUAUCGAGCAUAUUCUGGCUUUAGAGCAGGAUACACUGGGCAUCGUUGUGGCCUGGCCGACUCUGGUUGUGGCCGCCGAAUGCCACAAAGCUACGCAGCAAAGGAAAAUGCUAGAGUGGUUCAAGCGCAAGCAGAAAGCCGGCUUUGCAAAUCUCGGCGCCAUGGCUGAUCUCGUCAAGAACUUAUGGCACCGACGGGAAUUGUCCGCCCCAGGUUCCGACCUCCAUUGGCAAGACUUGGUAAACGGCCCGGGCGGGUGUGAUAUUAUACCGUUAUAG